GACGGACGCCGACUCAUGGAUGAGGCCAUGCAUGAUGAACCACAGCCACGUAUCUAAUGCAGCUGCAGAGUAUCGCACAGCAGGCUGGAACGUACGACGUGGGCUCAGCGGUGCACGGCAGCAGCACUCUAGCUAGGAUAGGAUUUGGUUUAGGCUAGGCUGAGUCCUUUAUUGUUCAUCAGCAUGAUCGAAGGGUACGAUCCAGUUUACCAAUCUCUGCUUGGUACCUUGUUUACUUGGGGUUUAACUGCGGCAGGUUCUGCAUUGGUGUUUGUGUUUGCUAGUGGAAAGAGAAAAGUACUAGAUGGAAGUUUGGGAUUUGCAGCAGGGGUUAUGAUUGCAGCUUCGUACUGGUCUUUACUUGCACCAGCUAUAGAACUUGCCCAAAAUUCUGGCACAUACGGAAAGGAGGGAGAAUGGGCAUUUAUACCUGCAGCAGUUGGAUUUGCAAUCGGAGCUGCGUUUGUGUAUGCAGCUGACUUACUAAUGCCAUAUAUGGGUGUGACUUCAUCUAAUUUAGCUGUUAUAUAUAGUACUGAGCACAAAGAUCAUUCCAAGUCUGAUGAAAUUUAUAAUCAAUAUGAUGAACAACAUCCUUCUGUAGUUAUAGGAAUGUCUGAGAAUGGGUCGUCAUCAUUGAUGCAGAGGAGGAAGAAGGCUGUAAGUGAUGGAACAUUAGACGCAUCAAUAAAAUCACCAACAGUUCAGCAUCACUCUGUUCAGUGGAAAAGAAUAUUUCUUUUAAUUUUAGCAAUAACUAUCCAUAAUAUACCAGAGGGCCUUGCUGUUGGAGUUGGCUUUGGGGCCAUUGGAAAAACACCAUCAGCAACAUUUGAAAGUGCAAGAAAUCUAGCAAUUGGAAUUGGUAUCCAAAAUUUCCCAGAAGGCCUAGCUGUUAGUCUUCCUCUGAGAGCAUCAGGAUUUUCAGUUUGGAGAAGUUUCUG